AUAAUCCUGUGGGGCAGAACGGAAAAAUGUCUCAAAGAGACAGCUGAAGAAAUCACCCUCUCUGGAACAGAAUGUCAUUACUUUGUGUGUGAUGUCGCCAAUCGAGAGGAAGUUUACAAGCAAGCAAAGGUGGUGAGAGAAAAGGUUGGAGAUGUGACAGUACUGGUUAACAAUGCAGCUGUGGUUCAUGGUAAAAGUCUGAUGGACAGUGAUGACGAUGCUCUUCUGAAAUCUCAACAUAUCAACACCUUGGGACAGUUUUGGACAACAAAAGCGUUUCUGCCUCGGAUGCUGGAGCUGCAGCAUGGCCACGUAGUGUGCAUUAACUCCAUCCUGUCCCAGUCUCCAAUCCCAGGAGCCAUAGACUACUGCACCUCCAAGGCCUCAUCACUGGCUUUCAUGGAGAGCCUGACAUUAGGUCUGCUGGACUGCCCCGGUGUCAGCUGCACCACUGUGCUUCCUUUCCACACCAAUACAGAGAUGUUCCAGGGCAUGAGAGUCAGGUUUCCACAGCUUUUCCCUCCACUCAAACCUGAAGUAGUUGCUGAGAGGACUGUUGAUGCAGUCAGAACCGACAAGGCCUUUCUGUACCUUCCAUGGACAAUGCAUGCCCUUGUCUUUUUGAAAAGCUUCAUGCCACAAGUUGCACUUGAAGAAAUCCACAAGUUUUCUGGGAGUUACACCUGCAUGAACACAUUUAAAGGGAGGACAUGAACUUGGAUUGCACGCAACAUGAGGGAUCAUUCAUCAGUUCGGAGGUGUAAGGAAAAGACUAUGGACCUUAAAGCAUCUAACAGAGGAAAAGUCCCUUGGAUAUUGUGAAGAGAAACACUUAAGUGACAUAAAUGGGUGUUAACUCUGCAGGUAGAAUUAAACCAUAAACUGCACAAUACACCCUGACCCUUUGUGCACGUGUGUAUGUAAGCACAUGCACAUGAUAAUAUAGAUGACAGAAUUACAUUCUCACUUUGAACAGAAGCCAUGCAUAGACCUGUACAAGUAGUCGUUCUGAGCGGGUUUGUUGAGUCACCUGUUUACUAUUUUUUACAGUUUAUUAUAUUGUUAAUGUCUUAAUCAAAACAGUGUAAUAAAACUGAACUUUAGAAUGUCA